AUGAUGGCUUCGGCUUUUAUGGAAACUGAAGAAUCUGCAGUCGGUUCGGAAAAUGCUCGAUUAGCUGGUCUUGAAUCACAAAUUCUAAAUUCACAAGAAAUAAUAGUUCGUCUGAAUCGUGAAUUAGAUAGUGCAUUACAUCGUAUAGCAACACUUGAAAAUGUUUGUUCCGAAACUCAAAAUGAUCUUCAUGAAAAGCGCAAUCGUAUAAAUCGUUUAACUAAUGAGAUCGAUGAACGAGAAGAAUUGAAUGAACAUUUGAAACAAGAAUUAUACGAAAAAGAUGAAAAAUUAAACACUCUGGACGAUAUCGUUACUCAGCUUAAACAACAUAUUAAACAAGAAAAAAAGGAUAAAGAAGAACGAAAAAUACACGAAAAUAUUUCAUGUCAACAAUGCCUAUUAUUAUUUAAUGAAUUUGGAAAGUCAUCAGAAAGCAUCUCAAUUAAUGAUCUUCAUUCUCAAAUUAUUUUUGAUAGACAAUUAUCUGAGCUAAUCGUUGGUCGUCUUGGUGAUAAUAAUGGGUCAUCGAAUGAAUCUCCACAAGUCAUUUUUGAGCAAUAUCAUAAAAAUGAACGUGUAAAAUUUCAUGAUCUUCUUCAGAAAAGUCUUAUAACAGAAAAUAUUUCUGAUUUGAUUGAUAGUGAUGAUAUUCUAUUUGAAUUAUUAACUCAUUUAAAUAGUCUCGUGCGUUUGAAAGAAACAUUGUCAAGUGAUAGUAAAGAAUUACAAAACAUUCGUUCAUUACUUCAGUUAACAGACAUUAAUAAUGAUGAUUUAAUUAAAGAUUUAGUUAAUAAACGUGAAUGUAUUGAAUACUUACGUAGAAAAAUUAAUAACAGCCAUGAUUUUACUGACUAUGAACUUAUAAAACAUGUUUUACAUCAUUAUUUUGAUUUUCAACAACAACAAGAUGAAUUAAAAGAAUAUUUACAUUUAAAUAAUGAUGAUAAUAAUGAGUUAAGUUAUUCAAGACUUUUAAUGGAUCGUUGUAGUGAAGCAGUACAUGUUGGAACAGAAUUACAUCAACGCAUUCAAACUCUUGAACAGCUCAAUAAUCAAUUAGACGAACACAUUAAAGAGAAAGCUGAACGACACAAACAAAUCGAUGAAAUUGUAGCAACAUUCUAUAAUAAAUCAAUUGAUCAAGACACCAAUGAAGUUACUCAAUUGAAUCGUAUUCGAUCGAUACUUCAAGCAGAUGCUGAUUUUCGACAUGAACUUUCUGCUGAAACGCCAGUAACAUCUAAUGAAGAUAUUCUUCGAUAUAUACGUGAAUAUAAAUCUAUCUAUGAAAACUAUCAACCAGUGACAAAUGAAAAUCUUAAUCAAGAUCAACAAUUAAGAAUCAAUGAGCUUACAAGACAAGUUGAUGAAUUAAAAGAAGAAAUGAAUCAACGAAAAGCACAAUUAACAAAAAUCACUUCUUUGCUAGAAUUAGACACAGACAAUGAAAAAAUAAUAUUUGACCUUAUUUAUUCAUCUCUAAAGUCAACUACUGAUUUUUCUCACGCUCUCUCCAAUCAAUUAUCUGUAAAAAACGAUAGUAUAUCUAUGCUACAACGUAUUCAUGAUUAUCAAUCAAUUAUCAAUCAGAUAUAUUCCCAUGAAAAUCAUUGGACCGAUGAAACAUCUAAUGAACUAAUUAACAAAUUAAAAUUGAUGAAAAAUGCAGAAAAUACUAUUGAAAAUCUAGAACAACAAUUAAAUGAAUCAAUUCAAAAUGAGAAACAAUCACAAAAUGAUAUCAAAGAAAUAAUCGAACAAUUUCUGCCGAAUAUCGAUAAAAAUGAAGAAUCGAAUACAAAACAAAUUCAACAUUUACUUACAUCGCUCGUCGAUUUUCGUCAAAACCUCUUCGACACAACACAAUUGAAUAGAGAUGAAGAUAUUUUAAAUUUAUUUCAAAAUUAUCAAGAAGAUCAUAGUAAUCUUCAAGAAUUAUUAAAUCAACCUAUUCAAGAAAAACAAGAUGUCGAAUCACAAACAACAUACGACGACGACGACGACGACGACUUUUAUAAUCAAAUAAAAAAAUUACUUGGCAUAGAAGUAGUACAUCGUUCAGAAGAUAUAAUUAAUAAAAUCAAAGAAUUAUUACAAUCACCUUCUAAAGCUCAGUUCGAUGAUUUGUUCUCGAAUGAUCAAAAACUUCGAGAUUUAUUAAAUAUCAAUGAUGAAAAUCUUGUUGAAUCUGUGCUACAAUUAAAUGGAAAUUUGCUUCAGUUACAAGAACAACAAGAAAGACUUAUUCAAAAUGGCAAUUUGAUGAAGGCAAGUAUUGAACAAAGGUUGAAUGAACUCGGAGUACCUUCUGACUUAUCACUUGAAAAACGAAUGGAAGACUUGUGCGCAAUAGUUGAUAGAUUUUCUAUUGAAUACUCCCAAUUAGUAUCCACAGAUAUCAAUGGAAUGAAUUUAAUUGACAUAUUGAAACAUAUUCGACUAGUUCUUGUUGAAAAUAAUCGAUUAAAGUUUUUAAUCGACCAAUUAGAUCUGGAUUCGUCAUCGAAUAAUUUGGAUUAUGCAUCAAAGCUACAAAGUUAUUCUGCAAAAGUCGACAAUCUAUGUGAACUAAUUGGUGAUGAUAAUGUUAAUAUUGAUCUAGCAUUCGUUGUAUAUCAAAAAAAGAUUGCACAUGACCAACAAAUCAUCAAGAAAAUGAGCAAUUUCAAACAACAACUUCUAACACGUUUAUCGAUUGAUAAUGAAGACAAAAUCUUAGAUCGUCUUUCUGAAAUUGAACGGAUGGAUUCUGAUUUAAAAGAGAAAUUAAAAAGUCAUGAUUGUACAAACAGUACAGUAACUUCAUUGAAUGUGACAAUAUCCGAACAACGUAGUAAAAUACUCGAACAUGAAGAAACAUUGGAAAAAUUACGAACACAACGUGAAAGAAUGUUAAAUAAAAUGAAAGAAAUGAAAACGAAUAAUGAAAUAUUAGUGAAUCAACUGAAACAAACUAAUGAAACCAUUGAUGACUUUCAUCGAAAAGAAAUCGAUUAUAAAAAUCAAAUCGAAAAAAUUGAACAGCAGUUACGUAGUGCUAACAAUCAAAUUCAAGUAACAUCCGAUGAAUGUCAAACACAACAAGAAUUACAAGAAACAAUGAAACUUGAAAUUGAAUCUAUUAAAAAUGAAAUGGAUACACAAAGAAAAUUAUAUGAAUCUCGAUGUCGUCAAAUAGUCCAUGAAAAAAAUCACUUAGAUAAAAAUCAAAAAGAAACAUUGGAACAAAAACAAAUAGUCGAAAAUGAAAAUAAACGAUUACAAAUAAUUUUACAAUCAAUCAAAGAUACGCUUGAAAAUGUUGAUGAUAUCGAUUCAAUUGUAGAUACAAUUUUAAAACUUCGUCAAGAUCAUUUAAGAUUGACAAAGGAACUUAAUCUACGUAAUGAAGAUUUUCAUGAAGAAAAUGAAAAAUUAUUAUCGAAUAUUCAACAGCAACAAAUUGCUAUUAAUGAAUAUAUUAAUAUGAAAGAUGUAUUGGAAAAACGUUUAUUUGACAAUGAUCAACAAAUCAUGCAUUUUAAUAAAGAAUUACAAGAAAAAAAUAAUCAAUAUCAACGUUUACAAGAUGACUAUCAAUCAUAUAAAGAGGAAUAUUCAACAAAAAUAAUAGAUUCACAAGUAGCAAUAAUUGAUGUCGAACCAUCUCCACCGUCACCAACACAUCAUGCGUCUAUACAACAAGUAGCUGAAUCAAAUCAUUGGAUGGCCAUCGACGUGAAAGAUGACGAAAUCCCAUUAACAACGGCUAAUAAAUAUUCUACAAUCGAUACACCAACUGCAUUAUUCAAUCUUUUCGGUGAAAUGAAAAGUAAACUAGGUAUAACAUUAACUCAUCGUCCACGUUCAUCAUCAGCAUUUUUUUAUUAUUUAUGUGCUGUUCACUUUUUAACUAUAUAUUUAUUAUUCAUUCGUCGUUGUUAA